UCAAGCGCCCUUCAGACUCGACCAAAGACAUGCCCCACCCUCCUUGAGGAAUGCUGAAGAGGGCAAAAGAGGCUGGAGAAAGCGACCAAAGAACCGGAACGGCCACUGUUGGCUGGGACAGUGCCGGGGCGCCGGGCACUGCGCUGAGUCAGCACGGGAGGCGCGGGGCCUCAGCUGGGUGCUCUCGCCCAGCCCCGGAGUCACCCGCAGCACUCCGUUGGGUCCCACCACCCAAAUAUCCCAGCCCAGGUCUCCCAUUGAUGGCUCGGCGCCGACCUGCGAGGAGCCAGCGGCUACACUCCAUCCCGGACGCCGGCGGCGACCGGGAACAGACCUGGGAGGCAGCAGCGCUCUGGGCCGGGUAUCCACUCGAAGAAGCGGGUAAUGGCCCGAGGCACCGUGGGCGAGACCUCGUUCCGGUGAUUGAAGCUCGUGGGGUUACCUCUACCGGGGAUCCCUGGGCCCCCAUUCCAGCCACAUCCUCUCCCACCUCCCCCAGUCUUGGGAGCCUGGUCCCCGAAGGUUCAAGAAGUCAAGAGCCGGGAAAAAUGCACUGUGCAAAUAUAUUGACUUUAUUUGUCUCCGUUCGGGAGCCUCACAGACAUAUCCAAGUAAAAAGAUCGUUAAAUAAAAGCCGUCAGCCAUCGCAAUGCAAAAAUAAAUAUCCAUCCUCCGGCCGCAGCAGCACCUGCGCUGCGCCCAAAGUCCCAUCAGCCGCGCCUAACAAUUAUAAAAGUGUUCAGCGAGAGUGUGUUGGCGUGAGUGUGAACGGGUGCGUGCGCUGGGGGGCACGGUGGAGCGGUGUGCAAAAUCGGAGUUGCGAACCAUCGGACAAGGGCGUGGAGUGGCUCUCCGGGAAGCCCUGGCGACCCGGGGUCAACUCGGCGCGGGCGCGCCUCCCGCACACACUCAACAGCAGAGUCCGUACUGGGAAGAGUUAA